AUGCAAUCCAACACCGUCCAGUUAUUCAACAUAGAGAAUGAGAUUCAUGGAUGUGAACAAGGUACUGAUUCUGUGACUACCUUUUUCACUAAACUCAAGGCACUAUGGGAUGAGCGAGAUGCCCUUUGUGAUCUAAGUCCCUGUGCAUGUGAGGAAGGUGGCAAGCUAAGUGAGUAUGUGAAAAAUCAGAAAACAAUGAAGUUUCUCAUGGGAUUGAAUGAGAAUUAUGCGCAAAUGUGUGGCACCAUUGUUGCUAUUGAGCCUCUCCCGGCUGUCAACAAAGCCUACUCGAUGGUUCUUCGUCAUGAGAAACAGGCUGAGACAGCCAUGGGAAGCAAACAAGGCGUGCAACAACAAGAAGCUGCAGCCUUUGCUGUGAGAGGUAGUGACCGAGACAAUAGUCGAGACAGCGGCAGAUCCAAUAGCAGUGCCGAGAGUGCCGAAGGCAGCAAGCCAAAAUGUGAAAAGUGCAAUAAGAGUCACCUUACCGAGAAUUGCCGUCAGCAUCUAAAGUGCACGUUCUGCGGUUGGAAGGGUCACACCUAUGACACUUGCCGAAGAAGAAAGGCCAUAGCAGAUCGAAACUCCAGGAGUAACCAUGUUGCUUCGAUGUUUGAAGAUGGAAACCCGGUCAACUUCCCUUUCUCAAAGGAAGAAUGCAAGCAGAUUGUUGAUAUGCUAAACAAAAACAAAGCAAACACCGCAAAUCAUGUUGGUAAUUCUUCUAGCUUUGAAGAACUAUCAGACUGGGCAGGAGUGCGUCGGGGAUGGGCUAGGUUCGUGUCGAGAUUGAUGAUGGUGUUGCAGAGGCGCGCUCGGGGCUCGGCAGGAGUUCUAUCCGAGCUGGAUCGUGGCUGGGGAAGGGCGUUGCUUACAGGCGUGCGCCAGGGUCUGUGGAGGAGGCCGGUGUUCUCAUUCUCUUUAGUGGAGGAGGCCGUCAGGGACUGCGACUUGUUCUCUUCGGUGAAGGUUAGUUUGCAGGUGGAAGGGAUUCAAGUUCAUGCAGAUGAAGGUGGAACCACACAAACCCGUGGUGGUGUAUACUGGUUAAUUCUGCCAGCUGGAUAUCUCGGUUCAUCCUUUUGGGGGAUGCUCUUGAUUCUUGCAUCUACAAAUAUCCUUACAGCACGGAUAGCCGCUGGAUGUUUUCUAGCUGCUCUAUUUAUUACACUCUUUAUAGCUAAAAAUUGGACACUUCGAGGACUUUGUAUAGGAUUCAUUCUUUUCCUUGGUGUAAUUUGGGCUCUGCAAGAAACAAUAAAAGUUCGUAUACUUCGGUAUAUUAUUCUGUUUAUAGGUGUAAUGAACAGUUUGUUUUCGGUUUAUGAUAUCUAUGAUGAUCUGAUAUCCCGUAGAGUUCAUUCUAGUGAUGCUGAGAAGUUUGCAGAAGAGUGUCCUUGCUGUACUGGUUGUGGAUGGGGUGUCAUAUGGGGCUUAAUAUCUUUCUUGUUUCUCUGUGGAGCCAUGUACCUUGGUCUUGUGAUUUUGGCUUGA